CGCCCUCAUUUAAAUAACAAUCGUAAACACAGUAUUUAGUCUUAAACCAUCUAUCAGCCAUCAACGUGUAUAAUUAUCCAAAUUAACUACAAGAAUAAUCCAAAUAUAAUCGAAAUGAUUUUCCGUCAAUAGAACGGUAAACAUAUCUAAAACCAGGUAAGUUAAAGGCCACGACUACUACAAGAUAUCGGUACUUGGAUAUCUUCUUAAAAAUAAUAAUCGUUGACUGAACUGAAAUUUUUUUUGGCAAAUCAUAAUUCAUGUUAAUCGCUCUAAUAAUAUUCAUCAAUAAAUAUUGAUCCAACCACCUCCUUCAAUUACAAUCGUAUUAUCUCAUAUAACGAUUCACUAUACUGAAUCAAAAUAUUUUACAUUAUUAAUUUAGCAUAAUAUUAUUACCUUAAUAAGGUCUUUCAUGUCUCUGUAUUUAACACAUCAAUUACAGUGACGAUACGUCGUGAUCUGCUCGAUGACAAGAAUAUCUACGAUGUACUAAAAUGAUAUUUUAUGAAAGUGAAAUACAUUUUCCUAUAUCAGCUUAUUCGUUAUUAAAAUAGUUGGUGGACAUCGGGUCAUAUGAAAAAAGAAAAAUUCGAAAACGGUAAACCUCUACAGUUGAUCAAAAACAGUAAAUUCUAAAUCUUAAAGUCAAAUACAGAUUUAACACAUAAUUCGUAUACGGCAGCACCAUCUAACCAACGUAGUAAUCAGCCGUUGAAGCGGUUUUUCGUACUACGAUCAAAGUUAGUAAAGUCGGAUGUAGAUACCGCUGUCAUGAUUAUGGUGUGAACGAGUCAACCGAAUAUAAUUUAAACCGAAGAGAAUUUCCACCCUUCACAUUCGUCGAGAUUACCAUUGAUUGCGAGGCUGUGCGAUGACAUUGACGAUCUGAGGCUUUCGACUGACCAAUGACAAACUGGCUCCGCCCCAUAAAAUCUCGCAUCACUUUGCUACCGUACCGAGGUCAUCGAUGAUCAUCAUUCUGCUGACAGCAAUAUGGACAGCUCCGAAGGAAGACGACCAAAGUGCGCGCGAUGUAGGAACCACGGCGUUAUAUCAUGGUUGAAGGGUCACAAAAAACGGUGCUCAUACAAAGAGUGCGUGUGCCCCAAGUGCAAUCUUAUAGCUGAAAGGCAACGGGUUAUGGCUGCUCAAGUGGCAUUAAAAAGGCAACAAGCGGCCGAGGAUGCUAUAGCAUUGGGAUUGGCUUCGGUUACUUCCGGAACUAAGUACGGAUGCUUACCACAAGGUCCUAUAUUUGGUAUGACUGUUCCCACAUCCAAGUCUCCUGACACGAAAGAAGAAACUGCUCGACCUGAAGAAAACUCGGCAGCGACUUUACAGGUAUCAGAUGGGACCAAGGGUGUUGUACCACCGGGUUCUCUCGAUUUGCUUUGUCGAUUAUUUCCAGAAAAAAAACGAUCGGUCCUAGAACUGGUACUUCGUCGUUGCGAACAUGAUUUAUUGAAAGCUAUUGAGCAUUGUGUACCUUUAUGCAAGUCUUUGGCAGCCACUCCAAAAUCUCGGAAGACUAGCACAGAUAAGGUUGAAACACCUCAGGCUACUAAUAUUGGUUCUGCAUUUAUGCCUUGGGGCUUACACCGUGAACCACCAGUGGCUCAUCAAAAUACUCGAAGACAGUUAGCCACUAGAUUGACUUAUCAUGUACCAGAACCGACAACUACAUUAUUUCACCACUUUCGGACCCAAUCUACUGGAGUUUCGUGUGGACCGCCUUUUUAUUUGCCGCCGUUUUUGCUAGAAUCAGCCGAGUCAUGCCAUGUAGCCAAUUGUGCCGAAUGUGCAUCAGCUGCAGCUCAACAGAUAUGAAAUACUUGGAAUCGUUUUUACUGUUAUUAUAUUCAAUUAAAAUGUAUAAAUAUAUAGAUAUUUGUAUAA